GACGAUUUCGCGCUGCGUGAAGUCCGCCGACAGUGAGAGCGCGCCGAGCAGACACCGCGCGCCGGUACAAUACCAUGUAAAAGUUCGCGCGCGCCGGUGUACAGUCCGCCGCAAGAGUCGUCGUGCCCGCCGAAAUUCGCGCGUUUCGCAUUACACGGGAAAACGCGGUUUAGUCUUCUCGUUCUCUGUCACGCCAAGUGUCUUCUCGAUAAAAGGAUAAAGCUUAAUUUUCUCGAAGAUAAAGGCCAGAUCAAUUUAACUUUCAGCCAGGCACGAACAAACGAUAUAACGGGCUAAGAUUUAACGCUCUUCAUAGCACGCCGAAUUCGAAAUUUCUCACGACAGACAUUCUGUCUCCUCGUGAACGCCCACUGAUCGCUGCGCGGGAAGUCUCGCGUAUUAUCGUUUGUAAAGAAACGUGACACUCUAUGCGAUAUGGGCAACUCCGGUCUGAAGCAGCAUUACGAGACCGCGAAGAAGACCGGCACGCUGAAGCUAUCGCAGCGAAAACUGGAUGAGUUCCCGCAGAACCUCCGCGCCUUGGCGCCAUUGUUGCGCACCCUGGACCUAUCAGAGAACAAGUUCACCACGCUGCCGAACGACAUCGGUGACUUCACGCUGCUGAAGCAGCUGAAUCUUAGUCACAAUCGGCUGAUCGACCUACCUGGCAUGCUGGGGGCGCUCGCGAAACUCGAAGGCCUCAACUGCGCCGCGAACCAGAUCAGGUCGAUCCCACCGUCGCUGGCGACGUUGGGCCAUCUGAAGCAAGUCAAUCUGUCUGACAAUCAGAUCUCCGAGUUUCCACUGGUGUUCUGCAACCUCCGCCAUCUGGACGUUCUGGAUCUAUCGAGGAAUCGACUCACGAUCGUGCCAGACGCCGCCGCUGGUCUGCACGUAACCGAGCUGAACCUCAAUCAGAACCAAAUCACGACCAUCUCCGAGAAACUGGCGGACUGUCCACGCUUAAAAACACUGCGAUUGGAGGAAAAUUGCCUACAACUGAGCUCGAUUCCCCUGAGAAUCCUCAAGAACUCCAAAAUCUCGGUGAUGGCGCUCGAAGGGAAUCUCUUCGAAAUGAAGCAGUUUGCGAAUCUGGACGGCUACGACACCUACAUGGAGCGUUACACCGCAGUCAAAAAGAAGAUGUUCUAAGACCUGAUUUUACCAACAUCCUUAAACAUCGAUUAAACCUUAACCUGAAUUUAAGUCCCUGUCUAAAGAUAGUUCAAACUUCCCGGGAAAAAAAAAGAUUAUAUAUAAUUAUAUAUAAAUAUAUAUGAUUAUAUAUGAAUUUUGUCCAUAUAUGUGACCUUAUAUAUGAUCAUAUCUAAUUAUAUAUGUUCAUAUAUAAAACGAAAAUUAUCAAAUGAAAAAAGGAAAACAUAAUUUGAUUCGAUUAAACAUCGAUAUCAUGGGCUACCAUAAACAUAAGCAUUUACUUCAAUUGUAUCUUCACAAUAGUAUUCUUUUCAAUGUCGACAUAUAUAAUUAUAUAUGAUCAUAUAUAACCAUAUAUGGACAAAAUUCAUAUAUAAACUUUUUUCCCGGGUUAAUCGAUGUUGGUAAAACCGGCCAUAAGGGACGGUCUUAGAUCCGGUUCCACCGACGUCUUUGAAUUCGAUUAAACCUUAACUUAAAAUUAAAUCUUUGUUGAAAACAGUUAAACUCAAGUUAAGACUUAAUCGACGUCGAUGGGACCAUCAGCAUUGUACUUGUUUACACUGAUCAUUUAAUGCGCGUACCAAGCAGUAUUCUAUCGAAUUGUCUUAAUUCCGACGAUGCAUGUAAGAACGAUGAAAUACCAAGUUAGGACGAUAUGCAUCAAAAAGAUCGUACAACUUUAAUAUAUUAUUGUUUGUACGCAUCACCAAAAUAAGGAUAAUAUGAAAUUACUAGUUGGUACAUGUAUUAAACAACCAAUGUAAACAAAUUAAAAGAUAGAAACUCGUGUGAAAACGCUUACUAGCAGAGUUUUUAUCCAAUACUUUCCAAUAUUUUAGGAUUUAUCUCUUAAAAUCAUUUUAUGAAAAAAAGUUUGUAUGAAUAUACAGAUAUAGUCUGAAGAACUGUUUCAAAGAUAUAGGGUUAAAAAUUCUAUAUUAAACAUCUCCUAAAUUAAUGGCUUUAUGAGAAUCUUCUAUAAGUAUUUUUUGUGAGUAAUUAAUAACAAUAAAAAUUUGCGAAAGAUUCUUUGAAAAGAAUCUUUGAUUCUUCGUUUUACUAGCGUACAAAUUCAGAGCAAUAAUGUAUUAUUCAUGUUUCUUUACGCCAUUAAAUUUUUACAUAGGUAAAAAAUAAAGGUAAAAUCCUACUUAUUUGUUAGACUAACUUUAAAAAAGUAACCUCUUUUCAUUUAAGAGCUGUUAAAAAAUAAUAAUUUUAUAAAAUUUUUAAUACAUUAUAUUUAUAAAAUAUCUAGGACGAGACUUUUGAGAUUAUAUAUAUAUAUUUAUAUAAAUUUCUCUUUAUAAGAUGAGAAAUCAACUCCUAAAAUAUUAGACAGUACUUAAGAAACGCCCUGUAUAUUAUGCAUUCGCAGUCUGCGAGAUUGUUUACAUCGAUUUGGAGUUUACAACUAGUCGAAUUCCCAAAUCAGUGUAAGAUUUAUGUAAUAUUUUUGCAAAUACAGUUUAGAAUUUAUUGUUUGUUUCACAUGUCAUAAAUAAUAGCAUCUAUAUCUGUUUUAAGAAGCAAAUAUUAACUUAUUUUUCACAAACAAUUCACGUGGAUUUAGAUGUGAAAAAUGAAAGUAUUAAAGUAGGAUCAUUAAUACUCGAGAAAAUAAUGUCUAAGAAGUCGUGAUUUUUACAUCAUUUAUUCUUUUUUCGAAACAUAUCAAACAAAUUUAAAUAUGCACAAGACUUUCGCACACGAUAUGUGAAAGACGAAUUUUCGUUUUUUUCUUUUUAUUUAAGGUUUUUGAUCCCUUGUUAUGGAACUCUUGAGAGAUGACGGCAAAAGCGAUAAAACGCAUGUCUAACAUUCUUGUGUGUGUGUGUGUAUGAAAUACGCUGAAAUAAUAAAAUGUCCAUAAAAUGGGGUCAAUUGAACGCACUUGUAAAAUAUUCCAAAAACUUUCCUCUUGCUCUAACGAUCAAUAAGCAACCAUAAAGUUAACGUGAAUUGCGGCCUGCCUUUUUAAACUAUUUUUUCUCAUAAUUUUAUCACGUUAAUUUUAUUUCUAUUUAUUUUAUCAAAUAAAUAGAUUAUCAAAUUUUUAAAAAAAUUUUUUAGAAUAUUUUAUAAAUAUGCUCAAUCGAGAUCACAAAUGUCAUUUUAUAAACAUAACAUUUAUUUCGAUGUAUUCAGUAAAAAGUUUGGGUAUUUUAGGGUUUUUUCUUCUGACGUCAUUAAUCAAGAUGAUCGCGUCGAAAACACAGGAGUUUUAACGUACUACUUACUUGAACGAUUGUUUAUCGCACCGAAGUGAUGGCCGUAAUAUAGUAUGGUAGUCAAAAGACUAACCAUGUAAAUACUAUUGUAUAUCAGUACUUUUUAUUUUAAACAAAAUAAUUGAGAGUGCAAUUGAAUCAAAUGUAUACCUCAUUGUCGGUAAUGGAAAUUAUAUUUUGAAAAUGAAAUAACAAAACUAAUUAUAUCUCGACACAACGGGAAAACACGAGAACUGGCGGGUUCAUAUUGCGCAUUCGGCGCAUUCAAUUCCUAAUAAAUAUAUAUUACCUGAAA